AUGGUUGUGUGUUGGUUCGAGUCCCUGAGCUGCAGCUGCGGGGGGAACCGGAGGUAACAGCGGGGUGUUCCCGGGGCUCGACCGGACACACGGUGACGCAGGACCGGUCCGGAGGAGGACAGGAGCCCGCCAUGGACGACAGCCUGGCCCGGAGGCCGGCAGCCCGGUCGCGGAGGCUGUCCGCCGCCGCCGCGGACUCCGGAGCUAACGCUAGCCCGCAAGAUGGCGAGGUGAGCGAGGGCAUCGAGCUGCAGCCCGCCCGGGACCCGGGGACAGCCAGGGACCCGGGGACAGCCAGGGACCCGGGGACCGCCGGGGACAGACCCGGGGCUGGGGCUGCUGCCGCCGGGGUCCCGGACCGCUGGAGCUCGGUCCCGCAGGUGGUUCACCAGAGGCACAUGCCCAUGGAGCCCAAGAAGUUCCAGAUCCCGAAGAAGACCAGGGAGAAGCGAGCUCUCUUCCGAGAUGUCUCCACGGAGUCCAGGGAGUUCGAAGACAUGGUGAACAUCCUGACCUCCAGUUACUUCGACACCGGCUCCGCUGGCUGCUUCACGUACUGCAAACCUCGCCUGGUCUACAGCGAGCUGCCGGAGAAAGAGUUUGUGGAGAAGAGGAGGGAGAUGAAGAUGGACGGGAGGAUGGACACGGAGCUGGAGGAGAGUUACGGUUUCAUGUUGGUUGAGGCUUCAAAGGUGCACCAGCUCUGUGAGACUGGUCUGUGUGUGGGUCAGAGCUGGAUCACAGUGCUGGGAAACCCCAGUAAAGGUGUGUAUCUGUCCAGGUACUCAGACCUGCUUCAGAUCAACCCGUUCACCCCGGGAGCCACAGCGGAGAUCAUCAUCUUCAAAGUGAUGAAGGGCAAAGUGAAGAGUAUCUAUGAAAACAUGAAGAACAUUCUAGAUCCAACCCCGCGCUUCGACAGCCACAUCUUCAAGAACGCCAGCAAAGUCACUUCGCUCACGUCCUACCGAGCCUUCGAGUUCACGCAGCAUUACUUCUACGAGUACUCGUUCGAUGAACUGCGGCAGCGACCUCGCCAGGUCUGUCCGUAUGCCGUCGUCUCCCUCCUGUUCAAAGGAAAGGACACGCCCCUUCUGAGGAUGAACAGUCAGAUUUCAGAGGUGAGCAAAGAGCGAGCCCAGUUCACCGUGUGGACCGGAGAUCUGGUGCAAGGCGACCGGGUUCUCUUCCAGAUCGCCCUUCGCUCCUUUUCGCCGCCCUUCCUGCCCCACAGACUACCAGAGAAGUUGAAAAUCGGUUGUGUGAUGAGACUUGUCCAGGUGACCAAAGUCCUCCCGUCCAGCCUGUUCUCCUACCACCUCUACAGCAGCAGCCAGGAAGUUGUGGAGGACGGCCAUUGCUGCAGUCUUCUCGAGGUGGUUGACAAGAGUCGGUCAACGACCAACGUGACGAAACUCCUGCAGGAGCUGGAGAUGACCAGAGUGGUUCUGGUGACUCCACUGACCGAGCGAGGAUUCCUCUUUCUGCUCUCCAGUGUUCAGAUGGCCUCACCCACCGAGCGAGAAGGCGACUGGAAGAGAUGUCUUCAGGCCUUGUUUGUUUUUCCUGAGUCAAGAGACGUGUCCAAAUCCACCUCAAGGUGGGCCUCCUCUGCCCUGGAUGCCUCGGUGUCCAUGUCUGCUGCCACGGUGAUGCCGCGUCUGAGUACGUUCAUCCCAGCGUUGCAUCACGCCCUCGUCAAAACCCGAGCUAACCCCGCCCCCGAGCUGUCUGCCGGCGUGGAGCGCCAGGCGAAAGAUUACCUCAUCGGCCUGGAGGAGGGAAAGGUUCGGCAGUACCCCAUGGGCGAAUACGACUCCAUCCAAGACGAGCAAGAGAAGGAUUUUCCCGCUCCCAAACACCACAAGGUGAACAUGGACUACUACCUGCGCUCCUACCUGCACAACCCGGCCCUCUACCUGCUGUCCGUGGCCCGGGCCCGGCAGGUGGUGGAGGCGCACUGUGGCGCCGAGGAGCCGCAGCAGGUGAGGCCCAGGAAGAGCUCAGCAGGCCAGAGGGAGGCGACAGGGACGGAGGUGACAACAAGCAGCUCCAGAGACGGACCUUCCAACACUAAGAAGUUGCAGCAGCUGGUAGACCUGGUUCUGACCUGUAAGAGGAACGCAGAGAAUGAGGUGAAGAGGGAGGAAGGAGGAGAGGGAUCGCUGAAGGCACCGGGGAGGAAGAGGAGGCUGGAGCAGCAGGCGGCAGCCAGGGCACUGAAAUUCCUCAAGGCAACUCAGGAACCUGGAAGAGAUUCCAAGAUUCCAGUCGACGGAAGCCAGACGCCGGCCUCGCCCGACUCUCUGACGUCUGUGAUUGGUUCAGUGGGUUUGAGAGACGUUGAUCUGAGAGAAGACGGAUCUGAGCUGGCUGCCAAACUCGUCAUGCUGCUGACAGGCCUCAAACAGUCUGCCCAGGGCCUGGUCAGUCAGGAGGAGGAGCAGAUGGAAUCCUCUCCGUUUGAUAGGCUGGCCACUAAGCUGGGCCUGCCCACCAACUGUGACAUUGACCUGAGGAAGCAGGAAGAGCUGGAGGAGCAGACAGCGGGCAGCGUCAGCAGUCUGGAGGGAUUCAGUCCGAGCUCGCACAGCGGCGAGAUGAGUCGCCGAGGGAGAGGAGGAGGAGGAGGAGGAGUCCACGAAGGUGAAGAGGAAGAGUGGCCGAUCCCGUGGGUCCUCAUCCCCAUCACAGGUCUGAGUUCAGAUCGCUACUCCCACAGAGACCGAAACAUCCCCAAGGAUCCUCGCUUUCAGCACCUCGCCACGGCAACCAGCGUCGCCGCGACGACCAAGCCUCCCGGGAAGACCUCCGCCCCGUCCCCCGAGCCGAGCCCUCCUCCCUUCCCCUCUCAGUGCCCGUCACCUGACCCCAGCCCCCCCCUUUCGCCCUCCCAGUGCCCGUCUCCAGAGCCCAGUCCCCCUCUCUCGCCGUCUCAAUGCCCCUCCCCCGAGCUCAGCCCCCCCGCUUCUCCCGUUCGAUGCCCGUCGCUUCAGCCGCCACAAUCUGCCUGCCACCGUACGUCCGCCCCCCCCUUCCUGUCCUGGUGCCAGUCCCCAGAGCCCAUGCAGCACAUCUCACCUAACGAGGGCUUUACUGGUGCUAAUGAGGAGCGUCUGGCCCCCCCGGCCUCCAGAGAGUCUCAAGGAAUGUCCAGGGACAGACGAGAGAAGAAUGAAGAGCCGUCUGUUCCUCCGGCUCCGGAGAGGAGGACAAGCUCCUCGCCACCGCUCUCUGGGAAGGAGCAUGCAGCCGGGGGAAUGCAGGAGAGAGGUGCAGUGAUUCCAGUGGAGCAGAAAGAAAGUCAACCGGUUGCAAAAGUGCAAAAACAAAGGGAAGAGAGAGAUACGGAACAUGAGGCAGCGAGUGAAAGGAAACCAAAGGGAGAAGUGAAGGAAACGGCAGCUGGCUCGUCUCCGUCCGUGUCCUCACCUCCUGCUCGUCCUCGCAGAGAUAUCGACAGCAUAGUGGACAAACAUCUCGGCAACUUCUCCUCGGAGAUGCAGCACCUCCUGCAGGAGGAGAGCAUUCACUACAGCUUCCCCCAGUCGCCUCACUCCACCUCCAACACGGAAACCACCGCGCCUCGACACACAUCCCAACAAACUUUGACAUCUCAGUUUUCAGAGUACGUGUCUCUCUACAACCCCUGUGUCCCCGUGAACGACUACGUGAGCUCCCUGAAGGACGGCAUCACCAGCAUGAUGGUUGAGUUCGGUGGUAGUAGGCGGAGCCACAGCGCCGACACCAGCCGGACUAACAGUGACAUGCUGGCUAGCAGUGUGAGCGCUUUUGUGGCCAGCAUCCGAGCAGGUAAAACAAAAUCGGGCAGCGAUGAUGAGGCUUCGGCUCCCGGCUCUUCAGUCAGUCAGACUCCUCCCCUCUCCAGAGGAGGUGAAGUGUGGCAGCCAGAGGCAACCAGACACUUUCCUGAUGCAACAACCAGCAGGAAUUCUCCAACUUCUAACGUCACUUUAUCAACUCCUACCUCUGCCUCUGGUUCCGUUUACAAGUCCACCGAGACCCCCGACUGCCAUCCUCCCUCAGACAAGUUGUCCCAGUCCCACUGGAAACCACAGCAAGGUCCCACUUCAGAGAUGCACAGAACUGGAGCUCAAGAUGUCCGACUCACACAGGACAGGAACUUCAGGAUCAUACAUCGUGCGACUGAUGUAGAAGCCGGGGGAAGUGUCACAGGGUUGAACUCUAGCUUGACCCCCCCGGGCUCCGGCAGUGUUUCUGUGCCCGGACUCGAACCUCCAGCUCCUGCCGAGCCGGUCUCCAUCUCGGCCUCUGUUUCCACCUUCGCUCCCCCGACCACGGUGCUGAGCAACUUGAUCAACCAGCUGCAGCCGGAGGUCUUCAGCAGUCUGGUGAAGAUCAUCAAAAACGUGAAAAAGAAAUCGCUGCAGUUCUACCUCCACAGCACAGAGGAGAGGGACCCGCUCCUGGAAGACAUCAAGGAACACAUGUUGAAGCAGGGAAACUUGGAGCAGAGUCCUACGGCCUUUCUGAACCAGGAAAACCCCGACAGCCGCCUGCUGGUCAUCAUCAGGAACAAAGACAUCGCUGGACACUUACACAAGAUCCCGAACCUGGUGUCUCUGAAGCGACGGCCCUCGGUUGUGUUUGUGGGGAUCGAUUCUCUCGGCGACAUCAAGAACAACAGCUACAACGAGAUCUUUGUGUCGGGAGGAUGCAUCGUCUCAGAUGAGAUGAUCCUCAAUCCGGACUUCAUCAGUCAUGGUCGGCUGGCGGAGCUGCUGCUGCUCCUGGAGAAGCACAGCUCUGUGGAGAGCGUCUGGAAGUGGAAAGUUCACUGCAGAACCCACAAGAAACUGAAAGAACAAGCCAGGUUCAGUCGAGAGGCAGCCAGCGUCCUGGACCUACUCUCAGCCUAUCAGAAGCGGCAGAUUGUCGAGUUCCUCCCAUAUCAUCACUGCGACAUGAUGAACCACCAGUCACCCGACCUGGACUGUCUCAUCGAGCUCCAGGCCCGCUACACACAGUACCGACACACAAUCUUCCUGACCGAGCAUUGUCACGAGAAGCUACCGGCCUACUCCAGCGGAGGCGUCAUCGUGGCCGGGAUCGAAGAACUUCUGCACAACUUCACACGGCUGGUCGGUUGCCAUGACAUCAAGGACAAGCAGCCAGCCAAGGACGUUCUGCUGGCAAACAAAGAUCCCGGCUGGCUGCUGAGUCCCAGUGAGUCGGGCUCUGAACGCUCCCCCUCCAUCUUCCCUGAGCACAACCCCCCCCUGUCCUGCAGCGAGCCGCCCAAACACCUCUCGCAGCAGCCGAGCUCCGGCCUCAUGGCGCUCCAUCACCUCACCGACCAGCUCGUCCCAGACGCCUCCUUCAAAGAUGGCGGGCCUCUCCCUUCGGACACAGACUUUGAGGUUCUGAGUCAGGCCAUCUCCCAGCUGCGGGCGGAGCGUCAGGCGCAGCUGCUGCAGCAGCGGCGGCUGGAGUGCCAGGACAGACUCCUUUCCACUUCUCUUCACAGCGGUCAGGCCACGCCUCCUGGUGGUCAAGGAGGUGUCAUGGAGUCCGUCCAGCCCACGCCAGGCCGGGAGGCUGUGGCUGACACUCAUUCCACUCUGCAGCCGGGGACGGACAGGAGGCCGGACAGAGGGGAGCCGCCCACUGAGGGACAGAGGAGAGGAGGUGCUCUGGGAGGAGGAGGAGGAGGAUCGAUGGGAGUAAAGUCGGAUGCCAGGACCAGUGACGCUUCUACCUCUUCACCCAAUCAUAACGCAGCAGCCGUGACGGGACCAAACGGCCAAACUGACCCGACCGGCGCAGAGAGAGAACAAGCAGAUCAACGAGCUGAACCAGCAUUUUCCAAAGCAGCUCAACAUGGUGCCGCCGCCUCCAGUACCUUCUCCUGUCCUGUGGAGGGCGACAGAUCGAGAGACACGCCCUCAGACCCGGAGCAGCCAAUCAGCACAGAGGGAGCACUUCCUGGAAUCAGCACAGCCAGUGACACUGAGGUACCCGGAAGUGUCACCACGGUAACAGGCCAGGAGGACAACUCGCAUCCUGCUCUAAUGCAACAGAUCCAGCAUCACCAGCUCCUGCAGCUGAGUAAGUUGAACCCACAACCUCUGGCCCACAGCCGGCGGCGGCAGCCGUGGAGCGGCGUCCUGCCCCCCCGCUUCCUGCCUCCCAUCCCCAGCCAGCACUUCUCCACGGGACCAUCGCUGAGGCCCCCGUCGGCCCUGGGGAGGACCAUGGGGCUCCUCGGGCCCACACCCCCCUGGCCCGGGGGCGUGGUCUGGGGCUUCCCUCACGCUCCGCCUCAGGCUCCCCCCCGCCCUGCACUGCUGGGGGUCUACCACAACCCGGCAGCUCAGGGCAGCAGCAGGUACAGGGGGGGGCAGAGAGGAGGCUUCAACAGGAUGUAGCUGAUGGACCCAGGUGACCUGCUCCUGGAAGCUCCGCCCACCUGCCGCAGCUCAACAAGCUCACUUAACUUAAAGAGAUACUGUAAAGGACUGAGACGGACGGACGGAGGCACACGUGUUCCAGUGCAGCGUCUGUCGGUCGUGUGAAAAAUACUUUUUUGUUCUGAAUGUUCGGUUCGUUAGUCUCGGAGCGGUUUGUGUUUCCAUGUGUUUUGUAAGUGACUCUAAAUGACUAGUUUUAACUUAAACAUCAUUUGUGUUUUUUUUACAGCAGAGAUUUUUUGUAUUAAACUUGCGUGCAUGAACCAGAGUUCA